AAUAAUUAGCUUGCACUGCAAUUGUGUCAUCGGCUAUGUAUAGGUUAGUCAGAGAAGACUCACAGGCGAGUUACAUGGCGACAUCAGCAUUCCAAAAAUACUGGAAGUUGUGGCGAGCUCGGGCUGUGACUGUAAAAGAGAUCAAUGAGAUAAGAGGAGAGGAAUUCCUGUUUCACUGAGUGCUUGUGGGUAACGAUGUUCUGGGUUGUUCAGAGGACUGAAUGUAUGUGACUGGUGAAGACACCGAAUAGAAGUUCUCGGUGAACCCGUUUCAAUGAAGAAACUUGACAUUUACAGAGACAAAAUACACGAGUCAUGCUUGCGGAGUUCAGGAGUUUGAGACAGACACCACGAUUUGGAACAGCGCGCCUAACCUGGGAUCUGGAUGAGUCCGUUUUAAGUGGGAUAUUCUGUCGGCAAUUCUUUAAUGUCGAAUAAUAUGCAGCGAAAACUGGCAAUAAAUUAUUAACCAAUUUAUACCGUCAAAACAACGCUUGUUCAGCGGCGUUAUCAGUUUAUCGUUCAGCCAACCAGCAGCAAAAUAGCGAGCGCUGCCCUACAGUGUUAAAGGGACACCGCAUGUAUUGACUAAAUUGUUGUCGUGACAUUUAAGGUUACCAUCACAUGCCAUUGUCGGACCUGGAUUGACUAAAUUGCCAUCAUGUCAUCCGGAGCGGAGAAGAGGCUGGACACCCGGCUGAAAAAGUUGGAAUCGCUGAUCAGAGACCCGAAGUCAGCGUUAAACUUGGAGAGUUUACUGGAUUCCAUGAAUGCCUUGGCCCUGGAUUUGGACUACCCAGCGCUACGGAAAAACAAAAACAUAGACGCCUUCUUAAACAGAUAUGAGAAGGCCAUGGUUAAGAUGCGGGACCUGCAGAUCAAACUGGAGGACUUUGACAAGGUCAAGAUGAUCGGCAGAGGAGCCUAUGGAGAGGUGCAACUGGUCCGCCACAAGGCGUCUCAGAAGGUGUACGCCAUGAAACAGCUGAGCAAGUUUGAGAUGAUCAAACGCUCUGACUCCGCCUUCUUCUGGGAGGAGAGAGACAUCAUGGCCUUCUCCAACAGCCCCUGGGUCGUCCAGCUGUGCUGUGCUUUCCAAGAUGACCUCCACCUCUACAUGGUGAUGGAGUAUAUGCCUGGUGGAGAUCUGGUCACCCUGACCAUGAACUACGACAUGCCAGAGAAGUGGGUCCGUUUCUACACUGCCGAGGUGGUGCUGGCGCUAGAUGCCAUCCACUCUAUGGGUUUCAUCCACCGCGAUGUGAAACCGGACAACAUACUACUGGACCAAAAUGGCCACCUCAAGCUGGCUGACUUUGGCACCUGCAUGAAGAUGGACUCUACAGGCAUGGUCCACUGUGACACAGCAGUGGGGACUCCGGACUACAUCUCCCCUGAGGUGCUCAAGUCCCAGGGGGGGGACGGCUACUACGGCCGCGAGUGUGACUGGUGGUCCGUGGGGGUGUUCAUCUUUGAGAUGCUGGUCGGCGACACCCCAUUUUAUGCUGAGUCACUAGUAGGAACAUACGGGAAGAUCAUGGAUCACAAGAAUAACCUCAACUUCCCUGAUAAUGUGCAGAUGUCCAAUGAUACCAAGGACCUCAUCUGUGCCUUCCUGUCUGACAGGGAGGUGCGUCUGGGGAGGAACGGCGUGGAGGAGAUCAAGAGACACCCCUUCUUCACGAACGACCAGUGGACCUUCGACACCAUCCAAGAGACCGUGGCCCCAGUAGUGCCGGAGUUGAGCAGUGACAUAGACACCAGUAACUUUGACGAGAUUGAGGAUGAAAAAGGUGACGUGGAGACCUUUCCCACACCAAAGGCCUUUGUGGGCAACCAGCUGCCAUUUGUGGGUUUCACCUACUUCAAGGAAGACCAAUUGCUAAGAAGUGUGAAUAAAGUGAUCUCUGUGGAGGAAUCUAAGGACUGUGUGGAUAACUGUGAGGAAAAACAGGACAGCAUCAAAGGAGAGUCAGAUCAGCUGCGGAAGAAGCUCCAUUGUCUUGAGGAGCAGCUCAACCAUGAGAUGCAGGCCAAAGACCACCUGGAAAACAAAUACAAGACUACCACUAGUCAUCUAGAGAAGCUGGUUAAAGAACUGGAGGAAGAGAUGAGCAGCAGGCAGAGAGUGGAGUCUUCUCUGAGGCAGCUGGAGAGAGAGAGGGCCCUGCUGCAGUACCAGAGUGCAGAGAACCUCCGCAAAGUGGAGCUGGAGGCGGACAGGAAACGCUGCCUGGAGAACGACUUGAACAGCCUGCGGGACCAGCUGGAAGAGCUGAAGAGGAGGAACCAGACCUCUCAGAUGUCCAGUGACAAGAACAUCCACCUGCAGAGACAGCUGGAUGAGGCGACAGCCGUGCUGGCAGAGGAGCAGGAGGCGGCGGGGCGUCUGCGGAGGAGCCAGGUGGAGGCCCAGAAGCAUGCCCAGGCCCUGGAGCUCAGCCUCAGGGAGCUGGUGGACAAGUGCACCCAGCUGGAGAACGCCAAGAUGGGCCUGGAGCAGCAGCUGAUGGGCCUUCAGGCCGACCUGGAGGCUGAGAGGAGGGACCGCUGUCUGGGGACAGAGAUUAUAGUUGACCUGCAGGGACAUAUCCAGUGUCUGGAAGAGGAGGUGAAGCAGGUGAAGGGUUCUCUCUCUGGAACACAGACAGAGAAGAGGCAGCUUCAGCAGAGACUCACUGACAUGGAGAAGGAGAAGAGCAACCAGGAGAUUGACCUGACGUUCAAGCUCAAGUCGUUGCAACAGAGUUUUGACAUAGAGGAGGCCGAGCACAAGGCCACCAAGACACGCCUUGCUGACAAGAACCAGGUCUAUAAGUCCAUUGAGGAGGCCAAGUCUGAGGCCCUGAAAGGGAUGGAGCGGACGCUGCAGGAGGAGCGGAGCUCCAAGCUGCAGUUGGAGUCCAGACUGCUGCAGCUGGAGAAGGAACACUCCAUGCUGGACCGUGACUACAAGCAGGCCCAGCACAAAGUGGAUGAGCUGAACACGCACAAGGACAAACUCGCCGAGGAGGUGAAGAACCUGAGCCUGGGCAUGGAGCAGGAGGAGCAGAAGCGCAGGCUGAGCCAGAACGACCUGAAGGCCCAGACCCAGCAGUUGACCGCCCUGCGCUCCUCAGAGAAGCAGCUGAAGCAGGAGCUCAACCACCUGCUAGACAUGAAGCAGAGCCUGGAGAAACAGAACCAUGAGCUACGCAGGGAGAGACAGGAGGCUGAAGGACAGCUGAAGGAGUUGAAGGACCAGCUGGAGGCAGAGCAGUAUUUCACGACCCUGUACAAGACCCAGAACCGGGAGCUGAAGGAGGAGUGUGAUGAGAGGAACAAGCUGUAUAAAGACAUUCAGCAGAGACUGGAGGAGUACCAGGAAGAAAGGGAUUCCCUGGCGGCCCAGCUGGAGGUGAGCCUGACCAAGGCGGACUCGGAGCAGCUGGCGCGCUCCAUCGCCGAAGAGCAGUACUCUGACCUAGAGAAGGAGAAGAUCAUGAAGGAACUGGAAGUGAAGGAAAUGACGGCCAGACACAGGCAGGAGCUAGGAGACAAGGAGGCUACCAUCGGCUCGCUGGAGGAGUCCAACCGCACCCUGACAGUGGACGUGGCCAACCUGGCCAAUGAGAAGGAGGAGCUCAAUAACCAACUGAAGGAGAUGCAGCAACAGCUGCAGAAGGCCAGAGAGGAGGAGAGACAGAUGAACUGUGUGAAGAUGUCCUUUGAGAAGCAGCUGCAGACGGAGAGAACGCUCAAGAUUCAGGCGAUCAACAAGCUGGCCGAGAUCAUGAACCGCAGGGAGACGUUGCGAACGGGUCACAACCGCGACGACACGCUGGACGUGCGCAGGAAGGAGAAGGAGAACAGGAAGCUGCAGCUGGAGCUGAGGUCAGAGAAGGAGAAACUCAACUCCACCAUCAUCAAGUACCAGAAAGAGAUCAACGACAUGCAGGCGGUGAUAUCAGACGAGAGCCAGGUGCACAUUGAGCUGCAGAUGGCCUUGGACAGUAAGGACAGUGACAUCGAGCAGCUGCGCUGUCAGCUGACCUCUCUGAGCAUCACCUCCAUGGACUCCACUAGUUUCAGCAGUGGUAACGACCUGGACAUGGACGACAGCGGUUACCCAGUGCACAUCACUCACUCCCAGACCUCUGAGUCCAUGUCCUUCCACUACCAGCGCACGCAGAAAUCUGUCAGCGUUGCCACCCGGCCCUCCUUCAGAGUAUCUCACCCUCUCUUUGAGGAUGAGGAGGAGGAUGAGUAUGAAGGAAAUGAUGGGCAGUUAGAACAUGGCUGCCAACCUUUGGCCCUCACCUAUGAGCAGCCGCCCCCAGAGCCUGACUGCAGUGGUGCAGAUACCAGGCUGGAGGGCUGGCUGUCACUUCCUGCCAAGAAUACCAAGAGGUUUGGAUGGGAUAGAAAGUAUGUGGUAGUGAGCAGUAAGAAGAUUCUGUUCUACAACAGUGAGAUGGACCGAGAGCAGUCCAACCCCUUCAUGAUCCUAGACAUCAAUAAGCUGUUCCACAUCCGACCGGUCACUCAGACAGACGUGUACCGCGCUGACGUCAAAGAAAUCCCCCGGAUAUUCCAGAUUCUGUACGCCAAUGAGGGCGAGAGCAAGCGGGAGCAAGAGUUUGCGGCGGAGCCCCUAACGCUGACAGGCGAGCGCUCAUCCUUCGUCAGGCACAAGGGUCACGAAUUCAUCCCCACGUUCUACCACCUGCCGUCAAGCUGCGAGGCAUGCACGCGACCCCUGUGGAACAUGUUCAAGCCGCCUCCCGCGCUGGAGUGCCGCCGCUGCCACACCAAGUGCCACAAGGACCACCUAGACCGGAAGGAGGAGGUCAUCGCCCCCUGCAGGGUAAACUAUGACAUGUCCACGGCCAAAGACCUGCUCCUAUUGGCCGGCUCUCAGACAGAGCAGAAGAGAUGGGUCAGCCAGCUAAUCAAACGCAUCCCCCGGAAACACCCCACCCCUAGCCCCGCCCCCACUGCAGCCUCUGCUGCCCAAGCCCCCGAGCCACCCUCUCGCUCCUCCCCAGAAACCUCCCCACAAGCCUCCCCCCGCAACACCCCACAACGGUCCCCCCCCCGCAACUCCCCUAGCCUUUCCUACCGCGGAGCCAUCAAGGUCCAGCCUAGUCGCCAGAAGACUCAGCUCGAAGGGAAGCCCAGAUUGCUUGUUGAUUUUGAAAGCCUGAAGGACUGGAGUUGGUCGUUGGAGGAUGUCGAUGAUGAUGAUGAUGAUGAUGAUGAUGAUGAUGAUGAUAUGUUCGGCUUCUGAGGAAGUGAGGGUUUACCUCUAUGAUACAAAGAUGUGCUGAAUCCUCUCACAUCAUGUGGACUGGAGCCUGAACACAGUGGAACCUAUACAUCUACUUUGCCUUUUCAGAGACAAAGGCAGUGUCUCAAAUGGGGCCCUAUUCCCUAUAUAGUGCACAACUUUUAACCAGGGCCCAUAUGGUUCUGGUCAGAAGUAGUGGCACUAUAUAGGGAGGAAGGUGCCAUUUUGGAUUCAACCAAAGACUGCAAAAUGCCAGAUAUUUUAGGGAAAGAGGGUCAGGUUAACGUUGCAUUCAUGUAAGGACUGCAGUCAGACUUGCAUAUGUCUCAGUAAACCAAAUGGUUUCACCUUCUGCCUUCUACAGUAUAGCCUGGUCCUAGAUCCGUUUGUGCUGUCUUGCCAACUCCAUUACUGUGCUGUUGUCAUGCCAAUGGCAAGACAGCACAAACAGAUCUGGCACCAGGCUUCAUACACUAUGCAUGUCAUAGCAAAUUUGUACAAUUCCAUGAUUUCAUGGAUCGAGAAAAUGAAAUACUUUGCAGGUCACUCUAAAACGGCCUUAUUUUAUAAUUGUCAUGUUGAAAUACAUACAGACCUAGCCAUAUAUUUGCCUGUGUCUUUACAUGCCUGGGUGAUCCUCAUAAGCUAUAUAAUUAGAUGGGUCUGUAUUAGGUAUGUGAGUGUGUGUAUGUGUGUAUAUAUAGGAACACGUGUUCUGUCAGUGUAUUAUUGCCACAAAGAUACAGUACCAGUCAAAAGUUUGGACACCUACUUAUUCAAGGGUUUUAAUUUAUUUUUACUAUUUUCUACAUUGUAGAAUAAUAGUGAAGACAUCAAAACUAUCAAAUAAAACAUG